GACAGCAUCAGUUGAAGCCAACCAAUUCAGCACUAGCCCAGAGCAGAUCCAGAAACAGAACCAAAACCACACUCAACAUGAAAUUCUUCUCAGUCGUCACCGUCUUUGUGCUCGGUCUGCUCGCCCUGGCCAAUGCUGUUCCCCUGUCGCCCGAUCCCGGCAAUGUGGUCAUCAACGGUGACUGCAAGUACUGCAAUGUCCAUGGAGGAAAGUAGGCACGCCCCGUCCUUGCCCGAAGAUCGACCGAAGGCCAUAGAUCCAUAACAUACCUCAAACUUAAUGCACCAUAUUUAUGCUACCACUUUCUUUAAAUGAAGCCUAGAACUUAGAACCAACACAACAGCAAAACAAACAAACAAAACCAACAAAUACAAAUAUAUGUGAAACCAAAACA